UUGGUAUAAAAGCUCCAUCUCUCACUCACACUCCCAUAUCUCCUGUGUAUUUUUUGGGGGGUGAGAGUGUGUGUUUGUGUGUGUGUUUUAAAGACAAGGAGUGUGUGUUGGUACCCUUGCAGUACAGAGGACUGAUAACUGCCCAGGAUGCAUCAGCUGCUAGUGGUGACCUUAGUGCUGGUGGCACUCUGCUCUCUUGGGAGUGUGGAUUCUUCAGCUUAUGACAAGAUAGUCAGCCACAGUCGCAUACGGGCCAGGAAGGAAGGACCCAAUGUGUGCGCUCUGCAGCAGGUCCUGGGGACUCAAAAGAAGUACUUCAGCACAUGCAGGAACUGGUACAAAGGCUCCAUCUGCGGCAAGAAGGCCAUGGUCCUUUAUGAGUGCUGUCCUGGGUACAUGAAGCUGGAUGGCAUGAAAGGAUGUCCUGCAGUGGCUCCUAUUGACCAUGUGUAUGGUACACUGGGGCUCGUAAGCGCUACGACCACACAGCAAUACGCUGACAUGUCAAAGCUGAGAGAGGAAAUUGAAGGCAAAGGCUCUUACACCAUGUUUGCACCAAGCGAUGAAGCCUGGAAGAGGCUGGAUCCUAGUGUACGGUCUGCACUGGAGAGCAACGUAAACAUCGAGCUAUUCAAUGCUCUUCACUUCCACAUGGUGAACCGCCGUCUUCUGACCAAAGACCUGAAGAACGACAUGUCUCUUACUUCAAUGUACAAUGACCUGGGGCUCUACAUCAACCACUACUCAAAUGGGAUCGUGACUGUGAACUGUGCCAGGAUCAUCCAUGGUAACCAGGUGGCCACAAACGGUGUGGUGCAUGUCAUUGAUCGGGUCAUCAGUGCUGUUGGCAGCACCAUCAAAGAAGUCCUGGAUGUCAAUGAGGACCUCUCCUCAUUCGGUACUGUGGCGAUGGCUUCUGGUAUGAUGGACAAGCUGGACCAGCCUGGCCACUACACUCUGUUUGCUCCUACUAAUGAAGCCUUUGACAAACUGAGCCCAGGCUACCUGGAGAGUAUCCUGGGAGACAAGGAUGUUGUUAAAGCUUUGAUGAACUACCACCUGUUGAACAGCGUCCAGUGUUCAGAGGCAAUCAUGGCAGGCACAGUGUAUGAGACCGCAGAGGGCAGCACCAUAGAGAUCGGCUGUGAUGGCGACAGUCUGACAGUCAACGGCAUCAAGAUGGUACUGAAGAAGGACAUUGUCACCACCAAUGGUGUCAUCCACCUCAUCGACCAGGUGCUCAUUCCUGACUCAGCUAAGGAAGCAAAGGAUCUGUUGGGAGAGUCCCAGAGAACUUUCAACGACAUGGUGUCCGAACUGGGCUUAGCUGCUGCCAUGGGUCCAAAGACAGAGUACACACUCCUUGCUCCUGUCAACGGUGCCUUCACUAACGAAGUGAUGAAAACAGACCAGAGCCUACUGAGGUACAUUUUGGAAAACCACAUCUUGAAGCUGAAAAUUACACUGAGUGAGCUCUACAAUGGUCAGACGCUGGAAACACUGGCUGGCAAACUGCUCAGAGUCUUCAUUUACCGCACUGCUGUGUGCAUAGAAAAUGCAUGCAUGCUGCGUGGCAGUAAAGAGGGAAGCAAUGGCGCGCUCCAUGUUAUGAGCUCCCUCAUCAAACCUGCAGAGAAAACAAUGUAUGAGUCGCUGGUUGCUGACGGACGGUUCAAGAUUUUCCUGUCACUGAUGGAGAUUGCAGGACUGACUGACCUGCUGAAGCAGGAAGGCUCCUACACCAUGUUUGCACCAACUGAUGAAGCCUUUGAUGGCCUCACUAAAGAGGACUUUGAACUGCUUAAAGGUGAUCUGAAUGCUUUGAGGACGAUUCUGCUGUACCACUUCAGUAAUGGCAUCUUCAUCAAUGGAGGAUUAGAGGGAGGCGUUACCAAUCUGCUCAAAACCCUUCAGGGCAACAAUCUGCAAGUCAUGUCUGUAAACAACUCUAUCCAUGUUAACUCUGUGGAUGUGCCAGACAGUGACCUGAUGGCAACAAAUGGUGUGAUCCAUGUGGUGAAGAACAUCCUCUAUCCCGCAGACCUUCCUGUGGGCCGCCAGGACCUCCUGGUCCUCCUGAAGAAACUGAUUAGGUACAUCCAGAUAAAGUUUGUUUCUGGAUAUUCUUAUGCUGAGAUCCCGCUGACUUUCCUCAAGAGGAUCAUUACGACCACACAUUACAUCGAAACAGUCCCUGAUGUAUCGGUCGUCCAUGAGCCAAUCAUCACCAAGGUAACAAGAGUCAUUGAGACAGAGCCAAGAGUAACUGAGUUGGUCAUCCAGGGGGAGCCGGUGAUCACCAAGGUGACCAGGGUCAUCGACGUAGAGCCUUCCACCACAAAAGUGACCAGGGUCAUUGCGGGGGAUCCUUCCAUCACAAAAGUGACCAGGGUCAUUGCGGGGGAUCCUUCCACCACAAAAGUGACCAGGGUCAUUGCGGGGGAUCCUUCCACCACAAAAGUGACCAGGGUCAUUGCGGGGGAUCCUUCCAUCACAAAAGUAACCAGGCUCAUUGAGGGACAGCCUACUAUUACCAAGGUUACAAGAGUUAUUGAAGGUGGAGCUCUCGGUGGAGAUGAUGACACAGGUGGAUCCAGAUACAGCUCAGCGAACGAACCGUUUGUCAUUGAGGGCCCAGACUUUUCUAAGAUCACCACCAUCCACAGCAACCCAAACCUGAUCGAUGAGGAAUCAGAGAGAAUUACCAAAAUCAUUAAAGAGGGAGGUAGAUUUGCUGCAGCAAGGAAAGCUCCAGCUGGAAUGAGGAGGAGACCAAGGCUGGUCAGGCGUCACCAUAAGCCAAGGGAGUGAAUCAAAGAGGGAGGCAACAUCUUCGGGCUCACCGCAGAGACUGAAUGCCUCUCCGGUGCUGCUGGUCGAGCGCUGGAGGAUUGACAAACUGUGGACCAAUAGGGAAAGAUAGAAUCAAUCUAAAUAUUUCUUUGUACAAACCCCCAAUAAGAAUAAUUGUUUACUACAUCAUCUGGACGAUACUGUAUGUGAUAGGCAUGAUGUUCAAUAGCAAUGCAAUGAGAUUUAAAUACCCUUCGGUGUGAAAGGGAAACAUGAACUUUUGCCGCGGGGUAGAUAGUGUUUCUACCACUGAGAGAGAUUUUUUUUUAACAUAUGCUUUUUUUAAUUAAUCAUGUCUUUUUGUGAACAGAUGGCUUGGGAAGAUUUUUGUAUGCUUUUAUGGUGCUCGCAUUCAGUAUGAUGAAUGCAUUUCAACAAAUACAGUGUCAAAUAGUGUUUUGCUACCAUUAGAUGCUGUACUGUACCUCUGUAAAUUAUCACAUGGUAAUUAAAAAAUACAAUGGAUUUUUAUACAGUUUCCAGUCAUUCCUUUAAGUUUAUAUGGCUUCUUUUUUUACUCAUAAAACAAAAUGUUUCAUGCUGUUGAAUUUUGAAUCUUGACUUGUGUAUGUCCUUGUACAAUCAGGCUUCACAUUCAUAAUGUUGUUUUGACUUAAAAGCAGUGGCAAAUGCAUGAAUAAAAUGUGUAUAGUGACUUCAGAAAAA